AUGAUGAACAAGCGCGCCGUGAGCGCACACGACGUCGGCCUCCAUGGGGCCCCUUCGACAGGUCUGUCACGCGUGUCUUCGCAGUACGACAGCAUUCCCAUGGACGUGCAAAACCGGCUCCAGAGCAUGGGCUGGCGCAUCCGAUCGAAUGUGAGUCGUGGAUACAGACAUGGCGGCUCGUCCAGCGGCGCGUCAGCGCUCGAUACCGUACAGCAGGUCAGGCAGUCAUCGCAUCAGUGGGGCCGCACGGCAUCUGUGCCGCAUGGCGCGCUACGUGGCAUGGCGCCGCCUAUGCCCACCGGCGCCGCCGACGAAGCGCCGUCGCCCUUCUCCCUCAAGCGCGGCACGGCCGAGGACGACUCGGAUGCCGUGCUCGCCGACGCCUUUGGCGACGACGACGGCUGCGAGAUGGAUGCGCUUCCCGUGUCCGAGCCCAUGUCGUGCGAUGUCGACGUCGCACAUGCGCCGUCCGAGCGUCCGAUGCGGCCUUUGCCUGCGCGCCAAGGACUCCGAGCCACGCAGUCCAUGCCGCCCUCUGCGCCGGCGUGGCGUGACUUGGCCGCCGAGUCGCAUCGCGAUGCCGACGCGUUCCGCCUCAUCGACUUUUCCGCGUUCGCUACGCAUGCCGAUCACUUUUGA